GGAAAUAGUUUUUCCUGGAGACAGCAAGAAACAAUCCAGACAGACAAGUACAGGCUCGCACAUGACACAGUACAUCCUACAGUAUUUUGCUUCUGUUCGAUAGAGAUAACAUCUAAGUUCCGCUAUAUGAAUAAUGGGUGCCUAUGCAAGCACAUUUCCUAACAGUGGUGGCAACAUUCUUCUGGAGGUAACAGACCCUUCCCAAUCCAACUGGAUUACGGCUCAUGCUGAGACUUGCAAAAUGUCUAUCCCAGAAGUUCAAAAAUGCUGGAACAGAUUUCUUAUACUCGGUCCAGAUUCCAGUGGAAACAUUAAGCGGAGCAGCUUGCUAUCGAAGAAUCCAUUCACAAAGCAGAUACUUCAACAAAUUCCAGUUGUGAAUAAUGAGGUUAUAACAUUCCAGACUUAUUGCAGUGCUGUAUCAUGGUUGGCAAAGGCACCUCAGGAAAGCAAACUUCGAGGUCUCUACCACGUGUUAACUUCGAAAGAGCUGACUAUGGGGACUCUGAAGAAUUUGCUUCACAACCUGUAUCCUAAUGAUGGUUCAAACGUUAUUGAAGAGAUGUGCCACCUUCUGUUUUCUGAAAUUGAUAAAUCAAAAAAAGGAGUCAUUGAUGAAGAUCAGUUUGUAUCUUGGAUUCAGAGUAUGCCAAAAGAUCAUGUAGCAUCAGUGCUGGAUUUCAGAAUGAUAUCACCUGAAUUACAAUCAAGAGAUCUUAGCCUUUCCUCUGUAUCACCACAGAUAUACAAAGCUGUAGAUGAAAAGGGAAGACUGAGAGAUGACCAGCUUCAUCAAGUUGCCACAGCAAUAGCACAAGGAAAGAGAGACUGGCGACUUUUAGCAAAUAAGUUGGGGUUUCUAGAGAAGGACUGUAUCUUCUUUGAAAAAAAUCAUCAUGAAGCCAAGGAUCAGAUCUUGGAUAUGUUGCAGACGUGGAGAAACACUCUUGGGGGAGCAGUUCAGUCACAGAUUUUGCAAGAUGCAUUGAAGAAAAGUGGCAAUGCAGACAUUGCAAAUGAGAUCUUCAAGCUUAAUUUUUAA